AUGACACUCCCAGACGCCACUUCCUCCCCUCAAGCCCUACUGUGGAACGCCUUCCGCACAAACGGAGCCUCAGACGAAGACCUCUACCUCCCCGACACUCACAUCGUCUUCCUCCCCACGGGUGCAGGAGCCGCAGGCGAAGCUCAAGUUCGCGAAUUCUACAAGGCGGGUGGGUUCUCUCACCCAAAGAAACUUGCUGUGGAGGAGACGGUUAUCCACAGAACUGUGGGAGAAUCCUCGGCGGUGGAUGAGGUUGAGGUGACAGUCAAGUUUGUCUCGGGUUCUGGGGGGUGGUUGUUGCCCAGUGUUGAGCCGCAUCAUUUGGAGGAUCUUACGAUUACUUUUCCUAUGGUGAUUUGCGGGUCUAUCGUCGACAACCGUAUUGCCAGUGUCCGCUACAUCUGGGACAAUGCCAGCGUCCUCAAGAUGGUCCGUCUCAUCGGUUCCCGCCACUCAUGGCCAAUUGUUGCUGAGACCCAGGUGGACGCCCUCAGGAACCCAACUCGCUUCCGCCUCAACCCUUUUGGCAAUCCUACUACGGCUGCUGGAAACCGCGCCCAGAUUAACAACAUCUCGAACAUCUUCAGCCCUCCAGUGUCGCCUCAUCAGAUCUCGGCUGCUCAACAGCAAAAGAAGGGCCAUCCCGCCUUGACCUCGCAGAUCUUCAGUCAACAACAGCAACAACCACAGGCGGCCUCCCCUCCAGCAUCAGCAGGACAGUCAGAAAAGAAGGGCCACCCAGCCUUGACAUCGAGUCUCUUUGACCAUUGGAAGAAUGCCCCUCAGGAGGACCAGUCCCAACUUAAGAACAACAGCCGUCCUCCCUUGAGCCCCUCCGUCUCUGACGAAUCUUUGGCGAACAAGGCUUCUUCCCCCACCUCUUUCCAGAACAACAGCAACAUCCCUGCUGGAAAGAAAGGUCACCCUGCCUUGACUUCAACUCUGUUCAGCCACUUGAAGGAUGCAGCAUUUGACCAGUACGGCGAUCGGGAGAGAAACAACAGCAACAGAAACCGCGAUCGUUCUCUCAGCGGAGGAAACGAUGACACGACUCAGCAAGUUCACGCCCUGACCAGCGCCCCAGCCCCUGCAGGCAAGAAGGGACAUCCAUCUCAAACUUCGACACUGUUUAACCACCUCAAGGACCCACAGCAGCAGCAACCUGCUCCUCGCGCCACUAGACAGGAGCAACAGCAGCAACAGGAAGUUGACCAAGAACGUCCUGCAGGAUGGAGAUCCGACUAUGUCAAGCCCAAGGGACACCCCGCCUUGACUUCGACCAUCUUUUCGCAAGCCCCUCCUCCACCCAAUCCAGCCCUCAGCAGGCCCUACAAGAAGACUAGCCACAACAUCUUUGGACCUCCCCCUGUCGAAAAGUCUACCCCUGUUGCCGUCGCGGCUGCAGCACCAGUAGCAGCAGAGAAGUAUUCAUUGGAGCCCUCAGCAUUGGAGGCAGAACUGGGGCGCAACGAAGAGCAGCAACAAGAGUUGAAGGAGUUGAUUGUAAACCCCUCGGACUUGACGGCAGAGGACUUGGAGAAGCAGGUUCUGGAGCUUGAGAAAUUGAAGAUCCAGGAGGAGCAGUACCAGGCUCAGCAGGCUUUGGAGGCUGCUGCUGCUGCUGCUGCUGCACAGAAGUCUGAGCCUGCUGUUGUUGAGCCCACCCCUGCACCUGCACCUGCACCCGUCUCGGCUGGUCGUAAGAUUCAUCCCAACUACCGUUCAUCCUUCACCAUUGGUGGUCCGCGAUAG